GGACGUACUGUCAGUGCAAGAGUGGAAAUGGAGUCCGUGAAAAAGCGCGGCUUUGGACAUCAUGGACUGAAACGAAUCCGGGAAGAAGGUUCUAUGGGUGUCCGCAUUAUGAGAAGGAUGGGUGCGGUUUUUUUGAGUGGCAUGACGAGCCAUUAACAGAAAGGGCGAAGAAUGUUAUCAAUGACCUAAAAAGGGAGAAUAGAAGACUGCACAGUUCAAUAUUAGGACUGGAAGAGGCCAUACGUGUAAGGGGGAGAUAUGAAGAAACAUCAUUUGAUGAAACACCACUCCUGGAAUAUGAUGAUAACUCCAAUGAACAUAUGUCACAGUUUCAAAUUCAAGAGGUUAAGAGUAGCAUGGAUGCAGAUCAUAU